AAGGAAAGAGCAAGUGAUGUCAUUCCUCUUCUGGCUCAGCCUUUGGUGCAUUGUGAGAGAAGCCACCAUCACAUCUUCUGUUCUGAUGAACUGUUCAGUUGAAAAGGAAGGAGAGGACAUACACCUUCCUAUAGAUGACAAGACUGAUUUUGGGAAAAAGCAACAUUUCGGAAGUGGCCUUUUCAAUAAGAGCACACUGAAUGCAACCUCCUCCCCAACUUUUCCCUGGAAUGGUUCCCAUUCUCUCGGCGGUGAAUGUGACUGCAUCAUGGACCUGAUAGCCUGUUUGUUAAGAGAUCGUGUUCUUGCUGGGUUCGUAGUCUUCCUGUUCACCGUGGGCCUCCUGGGAAACCUAAUCCUCUUCUUUUUUCUCCUCUUCCACUUCAAGAGAAAUUUGUGGACCACCUGUAUUUGGAAUUUAGCCAUUGGUAGCUUUGGGGUCCUUAUCUUUCUGUGCAGCAUCUGUCUGUUAGCGUUCAGUAACUAUAUUUGGGAGAACUCCAGCGAUGCCCUGGUGAAGUUGCUCCUGCCCCUGGCGUAUCUCUUUUUCGUCAUGCAGGGUUAUAACGCUCAUUUUUUCAUAUCCAUUGGGGUGGAUUGGUGUUUUGCCCUUCUUUCUCCCAAUUGGUACCACUGCCACCAAUCAACGUAUCUAUCUUCUGCUACACCUGCCAUGAUGUCUGUUUUAUUUUGGCCUCUAACUUGCCAGCUCUUAUUCUUCUUCAACUUGAGGAUUGACACUCAUGCAGUGGUUGUUGUCUCCCUCAUGGUUUUCAUUCCAGUUAUGGUCAUCUCCUCUCAAACCCUGAUUAUGAGGAUUUGGUGCAAUCUGCACCAGCGAGGAAAAAUCUCUCUGGAAAUUGUCCUGGGAAUAUUAUUUUCUCUGGUCACUUGGGGACCCAUAUACUUAUUUCUUAGUCCAAGUAACCGUUUUGCUCUCGUCUCAGUAUUAGCAUUUGUGCUCACAUCUGUCAGCAGCACCAUCAACCCUAUAUUUUAUAUUCUUAUUGGUAAAGUACUUCUUCCUGAGGCCAGAAGCAAAUGAUUUCAUUUCAGGAAGGACAAAUCCGGUAAGCCACUGAGACUUUUAUCAUAUUGGGCCACAAAAGAAGAAAUGUAAGCAACAGAAUCUGAUACCUGAGGUGAGAUUGCGUUUUGUUUGCUUGGUUUUCUUUUGUGAACAAACAUAAGCAAGUCUAUGCCAUAUAAUAAAAUCUUAAGUGUUGAAUCAAUGCCCAAUUGAA